GGUCCCUCUUCUGUUUCCUCCCUUCCGUUUCCCUGCAUUCCUCCAAUCCUGAUUAUCCCUCGCCCGCCUGGCUCCUCUUUUUACUGCUCGACCGCGCGUGGUGCCCCUGCCCCUGCCCCCCCUCCUCGCCCUCCACCACGCUACCACCCCCAUCCCAUUCCUCAAUCUCCCAGAUCCCCGGUCCCUGUCUGUGCCCGCGUGCCUGUCCUGCCUUGUCCUCGUCUAUAUCGUAUCCUCGUCCUGGGCUGACUGGACUGACUGGACUGACUCUGGUUGACAUUUCAUUUACUUGUCACCACCACCACCGCGCCUGUCCCUUGUCCCAUUCUUCCAUUCUCCCCCUCCCCCCUCUCUCUAUUCCCGUCGACGUCGACCGGUUCUCUUUUUUCUCGAAAGGCGACGUCUUGUUCCCUUUGGUGAAAUCAUUGUCUUGUUUCCCAGCGGCCUUCCCCCAGCGGUCCGAGGGCAAUCGAUAGAUAGACAAAAGAAAGGGCCCGUCCUGCAUUCCCGCGGCCGAUCUCCACCAGGGAUUAGCCCGCCCAACUCCACGGCCCCCUUUUCCCGAAAUUGCGCUGCCAAUGUCUGUCCUGGCUUAAUCUCGACCUUUUCCCACAACAAUUCCUAAACCACCACGGCCACCGUUCUGCUGUGAACCUUCACCUCCGUUCUGACGAGUCUCUCGUCAAGUCGCUCUUUAAUCCCAAACGCAAAACACUCCUUCUUUUUUGGCCCACGCCAGAAAAUAUUACACACUCCUUGACCCAUUGUCAAGUACAUUCGUUUAUUGCCUCAUUCCUGACAUCCACCUGCAUAGGCCCUCGCCAACUUUUGGUAUUCGAAACCUAGCAGACUCUCCUUCGAACACUCGGUACGGAUGAAUUGUUAGUAGGUUGAGAGGAUGCAGACCAAGUCGCUUCUGGUCUCUGCGCUGGUGGCUGCUUCGGCCUUGGCCAGCGCAGAACCAGUGGCCAAGCGGAAGAUAUACUUUCCUCGGGAGGUCAAGAGACAGUUCACCAACGCGACCUCCACGGAUGUCGCCACCCCGCUGCCUUCGACAACGACCGAGACGACAACGACCGAGACGACCACCGCCGAAUCCUCGUCAACUCAGGGUCUCUCGUUAUCGGACAUCCUGACGAGCCUGCUGGGACCAUCCGGCCCCGUCUUGAUCCCAACGCCGUCUGAUGCGCAGUCUGACACCAACAGCGCCACCACGGUGACAUCGGUGACAUCGGAGACAUUAGUGACAUCGGUGACAUCCACCACAGUCGAGUCCCCGGCUUCGAGUACGAGCACCACCGAGGACGACGUUCCGACCACUACUAGCACUGCUGAGGACGCGCCGACUCCGACCACUACCGAAGACGAGGUUCCGACCACCACUGCCACUUCUGACGACGCGCCGGCACCGACCACUACCGACAGCAGCACGGUCUCGGACACUACCGUGCUCACUCCGUCCGCGUCAUCAGUGGCCGAAACGACUACUGGUAUUUCAACAGAUGACACCCCAAGUGCGACCGCAACGACUGUGACCAGCGCGACCCAGCAGUCAUCAACCGGCCUUCCCCUCACCUCCGACCUGGGCAGUAUUGUGUCCGAAAUUACUUCUGAUCUCAGCAGCGUUGUCUCUGAUGUCACCGCCACGGGCUCUGCCUCGACUGGUCCUGUCCCUAGCGACCCUAUCCAGCCAACAAGCCGUGUAUCGGACACUACUACGGAUGCCACGACUGUGACUGGGUCGGGCACAGGGUCUGCCACCGACACGGCGUUGCUUCCAACUGGACUUCCCAUCACCUCUGACUUGAGCAGUGUUGUGUCCGAAGUUACCUCCGACCUGAGCAGCGUGGUCUCUGAAGUCACUGGUACAGGCUCGACGGGUCCUGUCCCCAGCGAGAUCGUACAGCCGACGAGCCGUACGUCAGAAGCUACGGAUGCCACAACGGAUGCUUCUGCAGCUCCGACUGUUACGACCACCUCGGAUGUCAACCAACCUCAGCCAACAGGCAGCAGCACCCAGUCCGGCGAUGACAGCGUGCCCACGUCCGCAGCCGACACGACCAAUGCGACCUCGAUUGAGACCGUGGAAACCAACACCGCCACCACUGGCCCGAUCCCGACCGGGCCCAGCUCGGCUGUCAGCUCCGGAACAGGCUCCGGCAUCGUGAUUGCACCAACCGGAAUCGUCACACCAUCAUCAUCAAUCGUUCUCCCCUCCUUGAGCAGCUUCGUGUCCGACCUCACUAGUGGCCUCGCGAACCCGACCGCCAAUGGAACUGAGACCGAACUUGUCCCCACCGAGACCACCGCUCAAAGUGUCGACCCCUCGGUCACUGGUCCGGGCACGGGUGUCACCACUCCUACUACGACUGCUGAAUCGACAAUUGACGCCUCUGUUACGGGUCCAGGAACGGGUAUCACAACCUCCUCCGAAUCUACGAUCGAUGCGUCGGCCACUGGAUCUGGGACGGGUGCCACCACCCUCACCUCCGCCACCGAGACUUCUUCUAUACAGACUAUAGACCCCUCGGCAACUGGACCAGGAACUGGCAUCUCAACCGUCACCUCGCCUUUGCCGACCCCCACGGACAUCAACAACGGUACCACGAUUAUCAGCACCGGCGGGCAAUCCACCACCGCCGAGGUUCCAAUCACUGCCAACACUACCAUCACGGACCUGCCAACAAGCGGGCUGACCACUUCGAUCCUGCCGCCGACAACGACAGAUGGGACGACCAUAUCUCAGAAUUCCACUACGGAGGAGGUCCCCACGACCACAGCUGAGUUGCCGACCACCGUCACUCUGCCGCCCAAUGCUACGAUCUCUACGACGGAUAGUGGAACUACUACCGAGAUCACCUCGGGGGAGUCGACCACAACUUCAGCCACGCUUCCCAGCAUCACAACCGUGUCCUCCGAGAGCCUAGGCAGCAGCUUGGUCCCCAUUUCCACGAUCACCGACUCCUCUGAGUCCUGGCUGCCCACUACCAUUAUCGUUGCGCCGUCGACGAGCACUGUGACUGGCAGUGAAACUGCCACAACCGCCACUUCCUUGCCAUCCAACCUGCCAAAGGCUAUCACACCUGACACAGGCACCUUGCCCAUCCCCGAUGGCACUGUCGAAAUCCAGCUUGGCUUCAAGUUCCCCUUGAACUACGCGUUCAUUGCCAGCCAUCCCAAGGCGGCUGCUCAAGUUCUGUCAGGAAUUCCCAAGGCGCUGCUUCACGCAGGUGGCAUCAGCAACGGUGAACUUGUUCAGAUGAGAAGGCUACAGCCGCUCCAAGGAUACGACCAGAAGAAGGGCUACACCCCGACCAUUGCCAUUGCAACCUACCCUGAGGAUCUGGUGAGCACGCUCGCCCUGCAGGUCAAGCAGCCGGCUUCGGCGCUGUACCAACAGCAGGACACGCUGGUCAGGAACAUCACGCAGCAGAUCGACUCCACCAUCAGCAUCAUCAUCGGUGGUGGUGCUGAUGGAUCUGGCUCUACCGGCACCGACAGUGGCGGUGGCUCAUCCAGCCCGUCCUCCCCCAGUGGCAACGGCGGCGACGUAUUUGGGAACUCGGGAUCUGGCGAUUCCUCCGCAAGCCAGAGAGGACAGACCGCCGGUAUUGCCGUGGGUGCUGUAGUUGUCUCGGCUGCUUACGGUACUGCCAUGUUCAUCAUUGCGCGGCGAUACAAGCGGAGGAAGCAGGCACACGCCCGCACCAGUUCCGUCUCACACGGCUCCCCGAUGCGUCAGACUGGUAGCCCGGCCCUGAUGGGCGGUGCUCUGCUGAGCCGCGACAUGUCCAGCUACGGUGCAGCAGGCGGGCGUGACAGUCAUGGCAGUGGCAGGACCGGCCAAAGUGGCAUGAGCAACUCGGCCCGCACAGCCUACAUCUCCCCGCCCGUCGCGGCAGCCAACUCGUUGGGCUGGAACUGAAAUGGGCAAACCUCGACAUCAGAUCUGACUGGACAUCUACCCAACACAUCCUUUUUCUGCAUCUCGCACAGCCUUUUGUUUCUGAUUCACCAUUACGAUACCCUUCUGGUCCGCUUCGUGCAUUUACCACCGCGGGUGGGGACUUGUUGAGCCGGCGAAGCAGAGACCGCGCCACCACGGCGCGGUCGGCUACACGUGUGUCGUUCCAUGUCUUAUUAGCCUUCAAUCAGGCGGGCCCUGGACACUCCUCCAGGGCCCGCUGUUAUCUUUGAUAUCCCCUCGUUGCUUUAGAGGACCAGGGCCAAUUUUUCAGGCCCUGGUCUGGCCACGAGGUACUUUUUUUUUAAUGCAUUAUUCUUACUGGAGGUGACGAGCGUGCACGAAGACGAAGCAAAAGGGAAUGACGACCGUCACGCGUGGGGAUGAAAACAAAAAGGGGACGAGGAGAGGCAUGGGAGGGGGGAGGCUUUGGAGCUGAAGAAGCUCCUAUAUCCUACUCGUCACUUGUACAAGGUCGAAUCGAGGACAAGGAUGGAUGCACAAGUCAAGUUGGGAACUGCAGUCCGAGUGGACAGGGACACAUAUGCCUGAUCUACGGAAUUCCCUUUCUCUUUGUAUCGCUGUUACAUACCACCUCGAAAAGACAAUUUAGACGAAUAAAUUGGCCUUUUGGCCCAAGAGAAA